CAGACAGGUUAAUGUGAAAACGUGAAAGGGUUAAUGUUUUAAGGAAGUUGCUUCAUAACGGAAACCCCAAAUUUCCGUCUGACUUUGGCUACUAACAAAAUAAAUACAGGAAAAUUACAAUUUUACCGUGACAUUAUCAGUUUACGCACAAACUAGUUUUUAAGUCGGCUAGAUACAGCGCAGCCUAAUGUUAGAAAGUAUUUGUUCAGUUUUAACAUAACUGUAGGCUACAGUUACAUCGCCUAAUUGUUCAAAUAUUAGGUUAUUAGCAGAAAAAGAUUUUGGGGCAGUAAAGAUGAACGAUGGUGAUAUCACACCGUCAACAUUUCUUCGGAAUCUCAAUCAUGGCACACAUCGGAAACUGGCAGACUUUUUGGACCCUCUCGACGCAUGGAAGAUGAUUCUCGUCGACAUACAAAACAAACCCACGGGUCAGCCGAGGUACACACAGUUACAUCUCAGGAGGUUCGAGGGAUUGAUUGCAAAAGGGAAAAGUCCAACAGUGGAGCUACUCUAUGACUGGGGCACAACCAACGCGACUGUAGGUGAAUUGGUGGAUCUAUUAAAGAAGCACAAAUUAUUUGCUCCAGCUGCUGUUCUUCUUCCUGAUGUGGUUAGUAGGCCAGUUGAAGCAGAGACAGUUCUUCUAGGCCCAUGCCCACACCCAAACCCAAACCCACACCCAAAUACAGAGGAAACAGCAGGCUCCUCUCCCUCUGCUUUCUCAAGCUUCUCCUACUACGAGCUUAUGAAAAUCACAGGGAACUGGGAUGACCGCCCAACAUCCAUGGGAGGGAGUAAACUUGGGGAGGGGGGCUUUGGUAUUGUCUACAAAGGUCGCUUGAACAACACACACGUGGCUGUGAAGAAACUGAACGCGAUGGAUGACAUCUCCCCAGAGGAGCUUCAGAUUCAGUUUAAUCAGGAGAUUCAAACUCUAAUGGUGUUGAAGCAUGAGAAUCUGGUGAACAUGGUUGGAUUUUCAUGUGAUACUGAACAUCCCUGUUUAGUAUAUGCCUACAUGCCUAAUGGAUCAUUGCUGGAUCGGUUGGCCUGCUUGGAUAACACCCCGCCUCUCUCAUGGCAUAGAAGACACAUAAUUGCUGUGGGAACAGCAAAUGGCCUGGAAUACCUGCACAGCAACCAUCAUGUACACAGAGAUGUCAAAAGUGCAAAUAUUUUGCUGGAUGAAAAAUGUGUGGCAAAAAUUUCUGACUUUGGGCUGACACGAGCCUCAGCAAAGCGCACAUCCACUACAGUGAUGACCGAGAAGGUGGUCGGGACAACAGCCUACAUGGCACCUGAGGCACUGAGGGGAGAGAUCACUCCUAAGUCAGACAUCUACAGCUUUGGAGUGGUCUUGCUAGAAAUAAUAUCUGGACUUCCACCAGUUGAUGAGGAACGAAAACCUAAAUUUCUGAUGGAGGUGAAAGAUGAGAUUGAAGAUGAGGAGAUGGAACUGGAGGACCUGGUGGAUAAGAAAAUGGACUCUGUUGACCUCUCCUCGGUGGAGAAGAUGUUUGGACUGGCUUGCCACUGUCUUCAUGAUAAGAAGGUCAAGCGACCAAGCAUGGAGGAGGUGUUAAGAGUGCUGAAAGAUGAUGUCACUGUGGACUGAAAAAGCACGCAAGAACUCAAAAUAUACAUCAAGUGGUGUAAUGUAGCCUGCCAUGGUGCAGGUGGCACCUUAAUUUUGUAAAUAAACAAAUAUAUGGUUUCAA